AUUUUUACUAUAUAAAGAAGUUAAGAUAAUUCAAUCUAACAUUGUCAUUUGGUUUGCCACACAAAAAAAAAGAAAUAUAAUCCCGUCAUAAAGCUUCUCAUAUUACGUUUAGUUUGUAUCAUAAUUCACUAGGCAAACUUUGUUAAGUUAAAAUAAACUUUUGAUGUUUCGGAUGUAAAACUAUAAAAUAACUACUCAAUACUCCAAAGUUCGAGUUGUAAUCACGAUAUAUAAUAACUUGAAAAAAAUACAACGAAAUUACACUUUGUAUCACUUUUACAACUUCUGUGGUCCUUUUAGUUAUUUUUCCUUUUAGGGCCACAAUGCUCUCCUCUCAUGUCUCAGAAAGAAAAAAGAAAAAAAGAUUAAUCAAAUUCCUAGAAGGAGCAUAGGUUAAUUUUUGUAGCUUUGUUUUGCCUCAGCUAAAUUUUUGGCUGUUCACUUCCACCCCAAGAUUGAAGUGUUGAAAAACCAAGUUUAGUUGUGUUCUCUCAAUCCAAAAGGUUCAAUUUUUAAUUCAAAAUCAUGAUACAGAGUUGUGGGGCUGCCGUUUUGUUGGCUUACUGCUAUGGAAAAUGGUCAUUCCAAGAUGCUGAAAGGCAGCUUAUUAUAGAGGAUAGUCCUUUGCCCUUUAGACAUAUUUCCACUAGUAUAUCAACUUUCGAUUCUUGCUUUGAAAUGAGGGUAGGCACCGGAGAAAAUAUGCAAGUGAUGAUGAGAAAAUCUAGUAGUUCGGGAGAAAAUUCUUAGGCAUAAUGUAUGUGGAGAGAUGAGUAGGAGUUGGUACAUUAGCUAUGUUGGGUAUGUUGUUGUAUUUUGAAGAAUCCACUCAUUCUUACAGUUUUGAUAUUUGUAUGCAGAAGCAAAUUAAAUUUUCCCUGUGACAUGGGACGACAGCAGAUAAGAUGGAAGAGAAGACGGUGAGACUUCUAGUUUCCACUGUUUCAUACAUUGGAGAGGAUGUUGCUUAGGAAUUGAGCUGUGUUGGAAUUAACCCAAAAAAUAGAAUUGGAAGACUGUUUCAAAGGCCAUGUCUUAGAUAGGUUGUAAAAGAUGUGAAACACUUGGUGUCUAACUGAUAUCUUGGGAUAGGUAUUUCUUGUGAAGUUGCUGAACAUCCACCUCUUUGGACUUGGCCGAGUCUUCUGAUAAAUCUAUACAAAGAUUUUGAGCUCAAAAUAGUUGUUUCUCCAGGAACUAUUUUUAGAUUGUACCUAUACCAUGUAUUGACUCUUCAGUGAUUGUUGCAGUUGGUUUGUGGCAAAGUAUUUGACCUUCCUGUAGUCCUCAUGACCUUGAAAGUUGCUAGGCUGGACUGUUAAAAGCAAUGCACCAGAUAUAGUCAUCACUAGAUAAAGAUUCUAAUAUGACAUGGUUGUCCUAAAAGAGGAAGGAACAAGCGGAAGCACGUGAAUUUAUGACCCUCCCUGCUUAAACUAGAGAAAACAUGCCCAUUACCCUGUGGAGAAGCAACAAUGUGACUCUGAAGGCCAACCAGAUUGAGUAUUUGCAUCUCUGAAGGCUGAGAUAGGAAAGUGAUGCAUGAGGCUUGAACCAUAAGUUCUGACAUUAGAAACCGGUUAACAAGAAGUCAAUGCUUAUUCAAGUGAACUGAUUAAGUGGACCGCUGGAUUUGUUCAGAUCAAUGCAAGUUAAUCACCAUCUAGCUGGUUACCCUAACCAGAGUCCAGUGGUUCUUAUGCAGCAUGCUCCACAAGCAAUGUCCUUUGGUGUAAGCAACAUGGAAGACACCCCCCAAGAAAUGCAGUUGCUUGGUGCUGUCAGACUCAAUAGAGUUGAGAUGCCUGAAGCGUAUCAUGAGGGUUUGAAUGAUGUAAGAGAAGUCUCUGGACAUACUGAAGGGAAGCAGCCAGUGUAUCAGCGUAUGAAAUGGUCAGAUGACAUGGUUAAGCUUUUGAUUACUGCUCUUUCUUACAUCGGAGAAGAUGCUUUGAACAAUGGAGUUCUUGUCAAGAAGGGUAAAUGGAGGGCCAUUUCCUGUGUUAUGUCUGAAAGAGGUUAUCGUGUGUCGCCUCAGCAAUGUGAGGAUAAGUUUAAUGAUCUGAACAAAAAAUUCAGGAGACUGAAUGAUAUACUUGGGAGAGGUACUGCAUGUAAUGUUGUGGAGAACCCUGUGCUUCUGGAAAGGAUGGACCUACCUUAUGAUUUGAAAGAGGAAAUGAACAAGAUUUUAGGUAGCAGACAAUUGUUCUAUGAAGAAAUGUGCUCAUACAACAAUCGGAAUAGAUUAUUCCUUCCCCAUGAUCCAGUGGUUCAGCAAUCUGUGUUUUGGGCUGUGAGAGGUAAAUACAAAUAUGAAACUGGAAGCAUGUCGCAGGAUUUGCCUUUGAAGAGGAAGAUAGGAGGAGAAGAAAGAGUUUCUAAUAUGGCCUGUGCAUCUUUGGACCGUACCACUACAGCAGAUCCAAAUUUGGUGCAGCAUAUGCCUGCAAAAAGGAAAGCAGGAGGUGAAGAAAGAAAUAUGCAUAUGGCCCGUUUAUCUCUGAACGGUACCACCACAUUAGAUCCAGAUCCAAAUAUGCUUUAUCCUAAUAGCAAUGGGAUUCACUUCUCUUUGAACAAUAAGGAGAAAAAAAUGCAGGAUGAGCAUAUUCUCCAUCGCUUACAACAAUUGGAAGAACAAAAGCUACAGAUUCAGGCCCAAUUUCUGGAAUUGGAGAAGCAGAGGGUCAACUUGGAGAUUUCCUGCAGUGAAGAAGACAUGGAGUUACAAAAGAUGCAGCUGGAUAAUAAGGUUAUCAAGCUUGAGAAUCAGCAACUGAUGCUUGAACUCAAACGUGGUGGAAAGCAGCAUUUUGUCUGAAUCACGUACCAGUGUUGCAGUUUGUGGUCUGUACUUUUCUGUCUUGAAGUACCUUCUUUUAAACUUUCAAUGUGUAUUUUCUCUUUUUGUUCAUGUUUACUAUCUUUUGGUGUAGUAUGUGCAAACUUUUAAUCUAGUCUUGUUCGGCCUUAUGACUGUACCAUUACUCUAUUGGCACUAAUUCGGGCUACUUUAUUUAUGAUGUGUUUGA